UGGAAAAUUUCACCUGGGGCCUGUACUAUGAAGGUAGUUGAACAAACUCAGGGUUACAGGAUUAGUUUCGAGUUGACAAAAACCAAACCAAACCAAUCAGGCUUUAUUGGUACCAGGACGCUGGUUAUCAACAUACUCUGUCAAGACUUUGAUUAGUCCACUAAACAAACGCGUGACGUCGGCACCGAACAGCCAAUAGCGUUCAACAUGGGGGGGGGGAAAAAAAAGCAGGUGUGCAUACUUACGGUAGAAGUUCAAGAAAUUAUUAUACGGAAAUAUGAGGAAUUUAAACCUACACUAACUUCAAAAAGCAACACGGUUGUGGCUGCCAAAGCUCGGGAACAUUACUGAUUGUGUAAAUGUAUAAAUUGACUUUUAUAGGCUCACAAUGAGAAUAAACGGAUUGAAAAUUUAUAACCCAAACAUCUUUCAUGUCAUUUCAUUUAAUAUAAAUGUAAACCGUUUUAUUUAAAUGUUUCUCUGCGAAGUGCUCUUCUUACAGUUUGCGCUGGGGAGUUAGGAAUUAGUUGCGUCACUUAGAUGUCGCUUUGCUAACAGCUGAUUGGUCCAUGCUGGGUGUGGGUUCUCUUACCCAGAACAUAACCUGCCCCGGAGCAGGUCAGGCAUGGAGUGUAAGUUACUAUGGCGAUGAACACUGGUCAAAGCAGAGCCACUUUCAUGGUAGCUUAAACCCAGGGUUGGCACAAACUAAACUGAAACUUACCUGGCUAGCCACCUAAACCAGCUUCAUUGUACAGGCCCCAGGAUACUAUAGACUUGUACCUUAGAGCUGCUGUUGUAAUCAUAAACACUGUCCUGUGCUUCCCGCAAUUAAGGGCUCAUUAUAUGCUCAUCCUAUCGACACAUUUAGUACUGUUUGCCUUUGUUUUUUAUACAACUGUGGAAGAGAAAUUAUUUAGAAUCCCAUUAUCGGGUGUCUCGCAGAAGAGGUUCCUCUUGAGCCUGGGUUCUCUUAAGGUCUCAGGGUGUUUUUCCUUUCUACUGUCAUCUCUGGCUUGAUCAUUAGGAAUUGUGUAAUGCUGCUUUGUGAGAAUAUCUGCUGUUAAAAGUGAUAUACAAAUAGAACUGAAUUGGAUUGAAUUCAUAAGACAUUUACAUUUAUUCAUUUAGCACACGCUUUUAUCCAAAGCAACGUACACAUGAGGAAAUGAGGAAAACAAAAAAGAAAGGGCAAAAAUCAGCGGAAAGGGAACACAGAUAGAUCAUUAGCUAUGAUUAUGUCAUGAACCCACACUUUAUUAUAUAUAGCUUACGGUGUAGUCUGUAAAUUCCAAAGGUCAUUUGCUAGAGAAGUGCAAACAGUAUUGUUCAUUGAACUCUUAUCUGCCUUAAAUAGCGAGUAUGAAUACUGUAUCCAGAGAUGCCAAGAUUGUGGUGGUGGGUGCAGGAUUUGCAGGUUUGGCUGCAGCAGCCUCUUUGGUCCAGGCUGGAUUUCAGAAUGUCAAGAUCCUUGAGGCUAAAGAGCGAGUAGGAGGAAGAGUUUGCACUACUAAACCAUUUACAGAGAACAUUAUUGAACUUGGAGCUAACUGGAUCCAUGGACAGGAUGGAAAUCCUCUCUACCAAUUAGCCAAAGAGCAAGACUUGCUGGUUGAGGGUAUAGCAGCAAACAAGAUGAUGUGCGAGCCCCACUCUGUUAGUCCACGUGAUUACUUUUUCAUGGAAGGUGGGAAACAGCUUUCAACUAACACUGUUGAUCAGGUGUGUCUCCUGUUCAACAAACUAACCUCGAAAGCCUUUGAGUCCGAUCUGGAAGAGGAACAUAGAGCCCUAAGUUUGGGGGAUUAUCUUGAUGCGUCCUUUGCUGAAUCACCUUUAGCUAUCUCAAAAUAUGGAUCAAAAAUUUUUGAAUGGUGCAAGAGAAUUGAAUGCACAGAUGAAGCUGCUUCCUCUCUAUAUGAAGUGUCUGCAUCUCAGAUUGGUUAUUACAUUGCUCUUGAGGGAAGCUUUUUUAACUCCCUUGGUCCUGGUGGUUAUCAAGCAAUUUUAGACAUUCUUCUGAAAGCCCUGCCUUCAGGAACUAUUCUGAGCAAUACAGCAGUGAAAAGCAUCCAGUGGGACUCUCAGGGGAACAAGGCCAAAGAAGAGAAGCAUCCUGUAAGAGUGAUCUGUGAAAAUGAUCAGAUCAUUCAAGCUGACCAUGUGAUUGUGACUGUAUCUCUGGGGGUUUUAAAACAACAAGCAAGAACCAUGUUUGAACCAGUCUUACCAAAAUCAAAGCUGGAUGCUAUUGAGAGACUCGGCUUUGGCACAGUGGACAAGAUCUUCCUGUGUUUCAGUGAGCGAUUUUGGCCAGAAGACUGUGAAGGAAUCCAACUUGUUUGGGACGAGGGACCUGAAGAUAAGGCAGUCUAUAGCAGUCAAGAGGAAGAAGAUGCCUGGAAAAUGACAUGGUUUAAAAAGAUCUGCGGUUUUGAUACUGUGGCCCGUCACCCUACAGUGCUCUGCGGCUGGAUCACAGGCAGAGAGGCUCUUCAUAUGGAGACCCUGCAGGACAGUGAGGUUGGAGAUAUCUGUGUAAGAUUGCUCAGUUCCUUCACUGGCUGGCCUGUUCCUGAUGUCUACCAAGUUCUGAUCUCUAGGUGGGGUCACGACCCUCAUGUACUAGGCUCCUAUACAUUCAUUCCUCACUGGGUGAACGGGGUGAAAGAGCAUGAGGCACUAGCAGCACCUCUUCCUUCUUGUAGUCGAGUCCCAGAGAGCAAGCCUCUGCAGGUGCUGUUUGCAGGUGAAGCAACUCAUGUGAACUUCUACACCACCACCCAUGGAGCCUAUCUGUCAGGGGUCAGAGAAGCACAGAGACUCAUUCACCACUACUCUCAUUAAGUGCUCUAUCCAUAGGACCAACAGUAAUGCAGUGUUUUCCUUCCGGAUGAAGAUAUUGUAAAUUUGAAAUAAACUGAGUUAUAUUUGAACCAAAUUCUAUUGCAUUGUUCUAUCAGUUUAGGAAAUUCCAUUACUUAUUGAUAGCUAUUUGAUUGAAAGUCCGGAUUUUGAUUCAGUGAAGGUCUGAAUGAUCCCAACUGUGAUGCAUUUAGCAUUAUCUGGAUUGUAGACAUGAGGUUGCAAUAAAGUGCUUAUUGAUUCUGUGCAUUUAUCUGACUCAUUAGGUAACAGGUUAAUGCUUUGGUUUUGGAUUUGCAAUCAUCAGUAGAGCUGGUCUAAAUGCAUGGCUUUUCUAAAAAGAGUAAUUAAAAAAAAAUAAAAAUCAGAAGAUAUACAGAAUGAAACUAUUAUUAAAAGAUUUGCUGCCACGCCAGUCAUUUAUUUAUCAUCCAUUUGAUGCUAUCUUUAUAAGGUUCUCUCUUGAUGUGUCAUGGUCGGUUAUUUCAUUUUGGAUUAUCUUGUUUGUUUACAGUUACACUGAAACACAUGUGGGAUCAAGAGGAUGAAAUUUGUGUCAGAGAAUGCUGAACUGUCUGUGAUGAUCAUUAUUUCACUUAAAAAUUUCAGUUUUAAAUAAUUUACAACAAAUCACAGCAAAUGAAUAAUUUAAAUAAAAAGAUUUAUUUAAAUAUGUGUUUGCUGGUUUCUUAGUGUUUUGAAGAUGCAUAAAUAUGAGAUUAUACUUGAUGGGCAGUUUUUACCUGGGUUUUGGACUAGGGGGUCCUAGGCUUGCCAUAUUUAUUUGAAAAAGUUGGUCUGAUGCUGAAUGUCAGUUGUAUCCAAAGCAUCUCUGACUGGAUGGACCGUUAUUGCUAACUUUUCACAUUUCUUACAAUUACUAACAUAUUUAAGAACACCAAAAUGGUUUACAUGCUGCAGACCAGAACAGAGACCAGAACACUGUUGAAUGAAACAACUUGCUGUGAGUUUUAUUUACUAGUUCAUAUGUAUUUCUUAUAUUAUGAAUGAAAUCCGGAAAUCCAAGAUGGCAGCACGUCAAGCAUGUCAAAUAUUUUGUCUGUGAAGUGUUCGGUGUUAAGUGCGUUGUAAAUGUUAUCAUGUUUUUUAUUCAGUUAUUAAUGUUUGAAAUCCACACAUUCAAUCUUGUGUAGCUAACUGUUUUUUUUUUUUUUGGUUUUGUAAAAGAAAACUAACUUCAAAAUUGAGUAUAGUAUUUCACUUUUUCGAGCCUCCAUUUUCCAGCGGUACCAGAAAAUCACUUUACAUGAACUGAACUGAAGAAACACUUAACCUGGACUUUACUGGAGUCAAAAGUUCCCUGGAUUGUCUGGAACAACCCCUCCAAGAAUUCCCUUCUUGGAGUGUCUGGUCUGAUCUGAUCUGCUACGUUUUCCUGUCUACCUAUCUGGCUGUAAAUGGCUCCUCAAUAUUUCCCUAAUGCCUGACCUCUUCGCUGAACCUCCACCUCCAAACGGAUUCUUACAUUCAUUUCGAUUCCUUCUGAGAAAAUGACAGAGCAUGUGGUACUACUCUGCAUACUGACUUUGGUGGACCCAGGUGAAAACGAUUGUUGUCGCUGGGUGAGUAAAUCUGGCAUUGUACUCUCCCCUGCAGUAGACAUACAGUCUUCAGGACAUUUUUUUUAAAAGAGCUAGGUCCAUUGGCUCAUGUAACUUUGUGAUUGUGUCAGUAUAUGAAUAUUAGAAACUUUUCUUAUUACUGAAGCUUUAUGGUUCUAUAUGACUGUUUUGUAUUGUCAAGGAACUCCCUGGUUGAACUUGCAUGCAGUGUGUUAAAAAAAACAACAAAGCAUCAUCAUGUAAUGUUGUGAAAAUGAGGUGCCUAAUUAUGUAACUGUUGUUGAUAUCUGGAAAUGUGCAACCUAACCCAAGCCCUAGUUUGCAGUGUCUUCAAAUGCCCUAUGAUUUUAAAUCUAGAACUAGUUUGGGGAUUUUUCACCUAAAUGUGCGAAGUCUGUUGUCUAAAAUAGAUGGAAUUAGGCUCUAGGGUAAAACAACAAAUGCUGAUGUUAUUGUGUUGUCUGUAACUUGGCUUAACAAGUCUGUUCUUGAUAAGGAUAUAUGUAUAAAUGGUUACAAUGUGUAUCGCACCGACAGGGUUAAGAAGGGUGGUGGUGUGACUAUUUAUGUGAAGUGUAAAUUUCUUGUUAGUCUGGUUAUAUCUGAAUCCAUCUGUAAACAGUUAGAAUUUCUAGCUUUGAAUCUACUCUAUAAUGGUGGUCGGCUGUUAUAGACCCCCCUCAGCCCUCAGUGAUGCACUUUCUUCUUUCGUGCACCUGAUGUCUAAACUUUUCUACACUGAAAUUAUUUUGAUGGGGGAUCUUAACUGGUGUUGGUUAAAACCAGCCUCUGAGAAUUUUAAAAUGUAUUGGGAUUCUAUGAAUAUUACCCAGCUCAUUAAUUCACCCACCCACCCAAAUAUUAGAUGUCCAGAGAAAUCUACUCUAAUUGAUUUGAUAUUGACUAAUGUGGCAUAUAAGUUCUCUGCUGUUGAUGUGUUCUGUAAUGGUUCAAGUAACCACUGUGCUGAAAUGCUAAGGUCCCUAUGACAAAACCAUGUUUUAUUCACAAGAGAAAUGUAAAGAGUUUUAAUGAGCAGGCUUUUUUUUUUUUUUACAUGACUUAUUUUAUUUUAACUGGAACAGGAUUGAGCUUAUUCCUGUUGUGAAAACUGCUUGGAAUUUUUUUCAGGGUAGCUUCUUACAGAUUAUGGACAAACAUGCCCCGUUACGCAAUUUCCGAGAUAAAGGCUGAGAUGAUCUAUGGUUCUCUUCUGAGCUGUCUUGUCUUAUUCAAGAGUGCAAUCUGGCCUGGGCUAAGGCAAGGAAAUCAUGUUCUAAUACUCACUGGCUUCUCUUUAGGCAGCUUCGAAAUAAGUGUUUUUUUUCUUCUCAGGAAGACUAAGUCUGAAAUUUUUGGUCUAUCAUUACAAAAAUGAAUGAAUGACCCCAGAAAGUUUGGAAGGCUAUUAAGUCUAUUUCAGGCCAUACCAUUGCCAAUACAUUACCAGCAUGUUAAUGAAAGACUUAGUUGUAUAUGACAAAACCGAAAUGCUGAAUUGUCUUAAUAAGCACUUCAUAUCUUCUGGUAAGUUAUUUGAUUAAAUUUUUUUCUGUCUGUGUGCAACUGUGUAUAGCACAAUUACAGCAGACAUGAAGGUGUUAAAUGAUAUUACAGAUGCUCUUGAUAAAAAACUGCACUGUUUCACUUUUUAUUGAUCUGUCAAAGGCCUUUGAUACAGUUGACCAUGCAAUCCUGAAG